CGACCGGAGCCGCUGAGCAAAACAAGAACGAGAGGAACAGCUAGAAGUGGAACUGACUCAGGCUCAGGUUGUAGGGACAGCGGGAAAGUGACGAAGCCAACAGUGAGCCCCCUUUUGAAGAUCCUAAGUGAGAAACCAGAACAAAAAGAAGUGAGUCGUAAAAGUGCCGAUGGCACCUAUGCGGGACUGCAGCGUGACUUCCCCCCACCCCCAUCUUGUUCCCUUGCUUCUACUCUGACCCUCUCCACUCCACUCCACUCCACCCUCUCCCUACUCCACUCUCGCACAUCACCGCUCUCCAUGGUGAGCACAGCAUCUUUCCCUCUCGCUCUCCCUCUCUCUUGCUUCCAUCGCUCCCUCCAGCGCCUCUGAUUGUCAUUCUGCAGCUGGACGCGGCAUUAGAGGCAUCACACUGGCAAAGAGAAAGUCCGGCGUGGGGAUAACUGACCGAUUGUUGCUCAGUCAGCAACUACAAAAAAAAAAAUGCAGAGUCUUCAAGGCUUUUGAUGACUGGCCUUUUCAUUUCUCUUCCUUCGACAAAGAAAGACUUGAUAGGAGAGCAUUAGAAAAGAGUAAAAGCGUUCUAUUGCUUCAUAGAGCACCGCGAUGCACGUGGAGACGCGGCAAACGAAGACUCCAUUUGUCUCCUGCAAAACUUGAACCUGAACGUACAGACUUUUUUUUCCAAAAGAAGACGCGAUUGAGCCUGACCUCACCCGUCCGUGCUUUUCCCCACUGAGCCCCAGCCCCUUCUCCUUGCCGGAAGCUCAGUCAUGCAAGUGUCCAUCGCCUGCACGGACCACAACCUGAAGAGGGGCAAUGGGGACCACGGCAAGCAGAGCGCCACCAGCCCCAGUGUGGUCAACCAAGCUAGGGCCAAGUUCCGCACGGUGGCCAUCAUCGCUCGCAGCUUUGGCUCCUUCACUCCGCGCCACAUCUCACUCAAGGAGUCCACGGGGAAACACACGGGAAUGAAGUACAGGAACCUUGGAAAGUCAGGACUCCGGGUGUCUUGCCUGGGACUCGGUACAUGGGUGACUUUUGGGGGUCAGAUCACAGAUGAGGUUGCAGAGCAGCUGAUGACUAUUGCCUAUGAAAGCGGGAUCAAUCUGUUCGAUACGGCUGAAGUCUAUGCUGGCGGCAGGGCCGAAGUGAUUCUUGGAACCAUUAUCAAGAAGAAGUGCUGGAGGAGAUCCAGCUUGGUCAUCACCACCAAACUUUACUGGGGAGGAAAAGCAGAGACAGAGAGAGGCUUGUCUCGAAAGCACAUUAUUGAAGGUCUGAAGGGCUCGCUACAGAGGAUGCAGUUGGAGUACGUCGAUGUCGUUUUCGCCAACCGCCCUGACAGCAACACCCCGAUGGAAGAGAUCGUCCGGGCCAUGACUUAUGUGAUCAACCAAGGGAUGGCAAUGUACUGGGGAACGUCUCGGUGGACAGCGAUGGAGAUCAUGGAGGCGUACUCAGUGGCAAGACAGUUUAAUUUGAUCCCGCCAGUGUGUGAGCAGGCGGAGUACCAUCUCUUCCAGAGGGAGAAAGUGGAAGUGCAACUGCCCGAGCUUUAUCACAAGAUAGGGGUUGGAGCGAUGACUUGGUCGCCGCUGGCGUGCGGCAUCAUCACAGGGAAAUAUGAGAAUGGCAUUCCUGAAUCUUCCAGGGCUUCCAUGAAGUCGUAUCAAUGGCUUCGAGAAAAAAUAGUGAGUGAAGAUGGACGAAAGCAGCAAGGCAAGCUGAAAGACCUCAACCACAUUGCGGAGAAGCUGGGCUGCACGCUACCUCAACUCGCUGUGGCGUGGUGUUUAAGGAAUGAAGGUGUGAGUUCAGUCCUGUUGGGAACAUCCAACCCCGAGCAGCUCACAGAGAACCUUGGGGCCAUCCAGGUUCUUCCCAAGAUGACGUCUCAUGUGGUGUCCGAAAUCGACCACAUUCUGGGCAACAGGCCGUACAGUAAGAAGGACUACCGCUCAUAGACCUUGCUGGUAGGACCACCCCCCAAGUGGUCAAGGCUGCGACAGACUUGUCAUACCGCCUACCAUGGACCUGCUGUGGCCUGCUUCAGACUGGAACAGACCCAGCAUUGCAUGACCUGGACUGUCUGAGCUGCCCUGCUCGGUUCCACGAGGCUAACAUCGGGUGCCAACCUGAUAAACCUCUCUUUGACGCUUCUAGUUUAGCUUAGUCAGCGUGGCCCUGUUUAGUAUCCGUCUGGACACAUGGUGCAGCCUGUUAAGUACGGUAUGUCUGGAGUCGGGGUGGGUAAACUUUUGUGCUGAUGGGCCAGAUUUGAUUUUUUUUAGGCCUGCCGUACACCAAGCAACGCUGCCGUUUGUGACAGAUCUGGACAUCUGGGAGCAAAUUACAGUCUGUGACUCACAGCUGUACACCUGGUGAUUGACCUUGCCACUCUAUGUGUUUUUCCUGGGAUACGAGGUUUUUAGGCAGUACCUUUAUCCGGUACUGUCUUAUAUUUCAUUGAACGAUGAAUAACAUGAUGCAUUUAUAAAGGAAGAAACAGAUUGCUUUGGCGGCUGCAGCUAAAUUAUAUGGGUUCGAUUCCGGCACCUUUCCUUUGUGGAAUUUGCAUGUUCUCCCCCAUCCCUGCCUGGGUUUUGUCCGGGUACUCUGGUUUCCUCCCACA